UUUAAACUUUCUAAUUCCUUCAAGAAUAACAGAUUUUGCUCUUCUUCAUAAAAACCCCAAAAAAAAGGUUCUCAUUAAAACCUCUGUUUUUUCCUGUAUUUCUAAAAUUCUCUCGGAGGUGCAAUUUUGUUUUAUCUUUCCCCCUCUCUCCCCCCCCCCCAUUUUGUGUUCUUUCGUAUUUUUCUGGGAUUUUUUAUAAUGGCACUUUGAGUUUAAAUUAGUCAAAGGCUUCUUCUCUUUUGGUUGGAGAGAAUCCCAGAGGAAGAAGAAAAAACCAUGGGAGCUAUGGCUGUUGAAGAGAAGAAGAAGAACAAAGAGAGCAAAGAGCAUCAAGAGAUAGAGCUUCACAGGAACGACUUAGGCCUUGAAGAUUCAUCAUCAUCAUCUCCAAUAGGUGUACUCGGAAUCACAGUUACGCCUGACAGUAGCAGCAGUAAUUACAGUAGUUGCAGCUCGUGCUCGUCUGACGAUAAAUCAUCAUCAUCAUCGUCUCCAUUUUCAGUAACUCCUAAUAAAAACGUUUCGUCUUCUUACCAUGGUCUUCAAUGGAACAAAAUGAUCGAAUCCAUCAAGAAGAAGUCCAUUAGAAGAUUCUCAGUUUAUCCCCUAGUCGCAAGUUACGAACUAACCCGUAAAAACUUGCGGCGUAAGCAACCAAAGCUCUCUCCCUGUGAGAAUGGCUUCCCCUGCGAAACCUUCUUCAUGGCUAAACCUUCUUGGCGAAACUUCACCUACGAAGAGCUCGCUGUAGCCACCGACGAUUUCAAUCCUGAGAACAUGAUCGGGAAGGGAGGACACGCGGAGGUAUACAAAGGGGUUUUGCCUGAUGGUGAGACGGUGGCGAUCAAGAAGCUUAUGAGUCACGCCAAGGAAGAAGAAGAAAGAGUGAGUGAUUUCCUUUCAGAGCUUGGGAUAAUCGCACAUGUAAACCAUCCAAACGCAGCUCGGCUUCGCGGUUUCAGCUGUGAUCGCGGUUUGCAUUUUGUGCUUGAGUACUCUCCACAUGGCAGCCUCGCUUCUAUGCUCUUUGGAUCAGAGGAGUGUCUGGAGUGGAAGAUAAGGUAUAAAGUGGCUCUAGGUAUAGCUGAUGGUCUGAGUUAUCUUCACAAUGUUUGCCCUAGACGGAUUAUUCACCGUGACAUCAAAGCUUCUAACAUAUUGCUCAGCCGAGAUUACGAAGCUCAGAUUUCGGAUUUCGGACUUGCAAAAUGGCUCCCAGAUAACUGGCCUCAUCAUGUUGUGUUCCCCAUCGAAGGAACAUUCGGAUAUAUGGCUCCAGAAUAUUUCAUACACGGCAUUGUUGAUGAGAAGAUCGAUGUGUUUGCCUUUGGAGUAUUGCUUUUAGAAAUCAUAACCAGUCGACGAGCUGUUGAUACAGCAAGCAGACAGAGCAUUGUUGCAUGGGCAAAACCUUUUCUAGAGAAGAACAGCGUAGAAGACAUUGUGGAUCCACGGCUAGGAAAUGAGUUUGAUCCAACAGAGAUGCAACGGGUGAUGCUAACAGCUUCAAUGUGCAUACAUCAUAUAGCCACAAUGCGACCUGACAUGACCCGGCUGGUGCAGCUGUUGCGUGGAGAAGACGGGCCAGGUGAGCUGCAGAAGAAGCCAUGUGAAAGAGCAGUGAGUGUGAACGCGUGCGAUCUACAAGAUCACACUUCCUCCUCAUACCUCAACGAACUCAGCCGCCACAGGCAACUCCUGAUGGAGUGAGUGAGUAGAAGUAAUUCAAAUCAACUGUGAAUAUGUUAACAAAAUGUGCUCAUAGGAAAGAAAGCUUUUGUUUUCUUCGUCUCUUUGGCCUUUUUUUCUUUUUAUUGACUGAGUUUUAGUUCUUGUUCUUCUCCAUCCAUUGGUUGCUUCUUUUAUUUCCCCAACCAAACUGUGAAUAUCAUCAACAAGAGGCUCUACGUUGUUUCCUAGUAAACUUUGUUAAUCGC